CUGUCUACAAACGCGUGGAGCAAGCAAAGCAAGAUGCUUUUGUGCGAGCCACAAAAGAUUUGGUUUUCCCGACCUGGGACACCCAAGCGGACAUCCAAACAAAUCAACUUCACUAGGUCAGGCGCCUCUAUCGCGCCCUUUAUCUCCCUGACAACCCCCUUUGUUCAGCGGAGUCCAACAACAACAACAGCAAAACAACAAGGGGGUUCGUUUUGCAAAGAGACGCGCGCGAGAGAGAAGCAGCAGCAGCAAUGUCGACGUCGGACUCGAGCUCGCGGUCGCGGUCGAGGGGCGGGCGACGAGCACUGGUGCGGCAGGAGACGUCGGACUCGCUCAUGCGCGCCGCUGCGCCUUCUGCGAUCAGCAACAGCAAUAGCAACAGCAACAGCAACAGGAGCAGCAGGAGGGGCAGCGAGGAGGUUGGGAGCAGCUCUGGAAGUGCGUCAGAUGCGACUGCUGCCGAUGAGGUGGAGCGCGAUGGAGGCGAGCGCCACUCUGGACAGAUCAAGCAGGGCCGACAUGGUCACCGCCACCGACGAGGGCAGCUGCCCCACCUGGAGAGCGAGAGCGCCAUGAUCGCUCGGGAGGCGACGCCAGACGACGAGGCCUGCUUCGUCGAUGCCGAUACAAAGAGAGUCGACUUCAUCGGCCUGCUGCCCGCCGAGAUUGCAAUCGCGAUCCUGACACAGCUGCACUCGCAUGCCGACGUGCUCGCCGCAUCGCUCGUCUCGCGGUGCUGGAGCACGCGCGCUCGCGAUGUCGAGGUGUGGCACACCCUCUUUCUUCGCAGGGCCCGCUCCGACGGCUGGACGCUGAUGCCUGGAGCCGAGAUGCUGUGGAGGCGCAUGGUGCCGCGUAUGCAGCGGCAGCGUGACGGCUACAACGAUGAAGACGAAGAGGAAGACGAGGACGAGGAAGGCGAGUUCGAGGAGGUGAGGUUGGACAGGGAGCCGAGGGGAUCCGGGUACAGGACCCAGUAUGUGCGUGAAAAGGAUGCGCCAAUGCUCGUCACACGCAGGAUGACGCCGGCCUUUGUCGAUGGGCCACUAGGGGGCGGCGACGAGCCAGGGAAAGGAGGCGAGGAUGCUGGGGACUUGACGAUGAGCUCGAUUGCCUCGUCGUCGUCGACAAUGAUGAUGGACACCUCUGUCGUCCUGCAGGCCGCACCGGCCCAGCCAGACCUGACGACGUAUGACUGGUAUACCCUGUACCGUGCUCGCCACCUGCUCUCGCGUCGCUGGCGCCUCACAUCCUCUUCCCCUUCUCGGGCCAAGACGAGCACGACGAUGUUCCGCCGUAAGGGAGACGCGCCCCUGAGCAGCGUUGACAUCCCCGGCGCGUCUCCACCGCCCCUCGACAGCGACUCAGAGAUUGAAUCGUCAGACGAGCGACGCGGGUCUGGCAUGACGCGAGGGGAGAGCAGGAGGCGAAGGAGGAGGAGGAGAGCGGCUGCUGCGGCGGCGGCCGAUGCAGACGACUUCCAGCCGCGGACCGGCUACCUCGAGGGCCACCAGGACAGCAUUUACUGCGUGCGUUUUGACACGACGCCCUUUUACUUUCCUGUCGACUCGCUCUCUUCGUCGGACCCCAUGGCUGCGCCGCUGUACGACGCCAAGCUCACCCUCGGCCUGGGCUCCCGCGGGAAAAUUGUGUCGGGCAGCCGGGACAAGACAAUCAAGAUCUGGGACGGCGACACGGGCAUCUGCCUCUCGACGCUCCACGGCCACAAGGGCAGCGUCCUCUGCCUCGCCUACGACGACGAACACCUCGUCAGCGGCAGCUCGGACCAGAACGUGAUUGUGUGGGACCUCGGCCGUGGCCUGCGAAGGGGUGAGGCACCCGUGGCUAUCAAGACGCUCACGGGCCAUUCUCUCGGUGUGCUCGACCUCGACCUCAACGACGAGUGGCUCAUCUCGAGCAGCAAGGACACGACGGUGCGCAUCUGGCGGCGCUCCAACGACUGGGCGCUCGAGGGCGUCUACCGCAAGCAUGAGGGGCCCGUCAAUGCGGGCUGUAUGAUGGUCCGCCGCGAUGCUGCCGCUGCCGACGGCAGCGGCGGCGGCAGCAGGGAGCGCACCGUCGUCGCAAGCGCCAGCGGCGAGGGCAGCGUCCACCUCUGGGACAUUGCAACGCGCGAGACGCUGCGCACAUUCGAGGGUCACGAGCGCGGCCUCGCCUGCGUGCGCCUCGCCAGCGACAUUGUCGUCACGGGCUCCAACGACACGACGGUGCGCAUCUGGGACGCCGUGUCGGCAAAGUGCCUCGCCAUCUGCUCGGGCCACCACAAUCUCGUGCGCGCGCUGGCCUUUGACGAGAAGCGCAUGCUCGUCGCCAGCGGCGGCUACGACUACAGCGUCAAGCUCUUUUCCAUCCGCGACGUCGUCGGCGAGGCGAGGCAGGCAAGCGGCGACGGCAACGGCGACGGCAAGAAUCAGAACAAGCAAGAGCAGACGACGGCCGCCGCGCACAAGACAAAGGUGCUGACGCCCCUGAUGGACCUGCAGAGCCACCGGAGCCGCGUCUUUGAUGUGCAGCUCGACGGGACGAGGAUCGUGAGCUGCGGCGAGGACGAGCGGAUCUGCGUGCUGGACUUUGCUGGCCAGGACCGCAUCAUGCGGCUGUUUGAUUAGACCUUCUCUCUCUUUCUUAUAUGUACAGUACAAGUGGUGUUAGCAGUAGCAGUAGCAGUAGCAGUAGCAGUAGCAGUAGCAGCAUCGAGCACACGUCUAUAUCACACAUC